AUGUCUUUGCAAAGUGAACAUUUAGAAGUUCCUUCAAGUCCCACAUCUUGGUUCAACGCUACUUCCAGUUCUACAGAAUUCCCACAAGGUCUCAACUCAACAGAACCCUACCCUGAUCAGUCACAGCCCUCCUGGUUCACACAGGACUGCCUCAUUGUCAUCCAGAUUUCCACCAUGGCUUUGGGGGCCAUCUUCUCAGCCGGGGUCAGUACCUUCUUCCUGUCCGUGUUCCUCAUUAGCCCACAAACUCGAGAAAAAGCCCGCUUCAUCCUGCUAGCCUGUGUGACCACCAGCCAGACAUGUUACUUUCUCAUGCAAGCCACUGUCUCCUCUCUCCACCUUUCCCAACACCACAUCUCCUUCUUCUCCUGCGCCAUCGUCUGGCUUCUCUCCAACACAGCUGGAGGUGCCGAACUCUACAGCCUAGCUGCCAUGUCCAUCGACCGCUAUCUUGCGGUGUGCCGGCCUCUACUCUAUGAUGGUUUGUGUUCUGAGAAAAACCUUGGCCGAGGAGUCUUGGUCAUCUUCCUUGCUUCUUGCCUUCUUCCUUGCUUCACCUUUCUGCUCCAAACGGGUUUCGCUGGACGCACUGUUACCUUUGGAAGCCAAGGCAAAUGCACCAUGGAGUUCUUGGAGAUCCACGCGUUCCUCUCCUCCUGGCGCCUCGCUCUGUUCUCCUUCCAGUUCCUCGCCUGUUUCCUGAUCAUCACCACCUCCUAUGGCCUCGUCGUGAAGGAAGCAAUGCAUGCAGGGAUUACCAGCCCCCUGAACCAGCGAGCUAGGAGGACCAUCUCCUUCCACAUGGUCCAGCUGGGUCUGUACCUGAUCCCUGUGGUGAUCUUUGUUCUCUACAGCUCCCUCCCCAUCCCGGCUUCUCUCCUUCCAGAGCUCACCACGGCUAACAACUGCAUCUUCAUGGUAGCCCAGUUCAUCAAUCCUCUGGUCUAUGGCUUCCGCUCCAGUGAGCUCAAAGCUUUCUUGCCGUCGCUACACUGGCGUUCAAGCAGAAUCGAGGUGCAAACCUGA